UAACUCUGGAAUUAUGUCAGACUGUGGGGUUUUGAGGCUGCAGAACUGACUUAAUGUAACUGACAAGGCAGAGAAUUCAGGCUCAGUUCAGACACAGAUGGAGAGAGGGUUGUGCUGUCCCAGCGAAGGCAGGUGGUGCUGUCUGAGAUGUCUUUAGGGGUUGGAGACAUCUGGGUGUUGUUGACAAGCAUUACACAGCAUUUGGGGAAAGUCUGCAGCUUUUUGAGCAGCAGCUGCAAGGCCAGGCAGCAUGGGUUGGGGCUUCUCCACCAGCUCUAAAUAUUUUAGUUUAGGCUUCUGAGUUGUACCUUGCUUGGCCCUUGUAUUGCUUAGUUCAGAGAUAGUGAAAGGAUAUCAAGUAGUCUUUCAGCUACGGUUUCUGUGCUAGUUUGCCAAGUAUUGGGCCAUGACUUCUUGGCUUUUGCUUGGAGGAUGUGGGAAUUUGUAAGGACCUUUUGUCUGAGGCCUGACUAAACUCAGAGUUGCUUUCCCCUGGGAUUGGAUGGAGUCACACAGUGUAUGGAAGUGUAGAUACUUUGUAAGAGGCUUGAUCUGUUCAAUUCCACAUCCUUUUUUUCCAUCUGGGUCUCUUUUGUAGAGGCUUCCCAAUAGCAAUCUGUGUGGUCUGGGCAAAGUAGCUACAUGCUUUUCCUUCUGGACUAGAUUCGCAUGGUUCCACAAAGUAAACCACCCCACGUUGUUACUGUUUCUGUCACCCUAUCCCAUCAAAUCAAAGAUGUCCCUAUUAUACUUUCUUUUAAAGUAACUUGAGGCUGCUUAUCCCCACUGUUGAGAAGAUGAGAACCUGCAGAUAGUCAGUCAGUGAAGUUACUGGCCUCCUUUCACCCAAGUGUGGCAAGGAAGGCUAGCAGGCCAAGCCAUUUGGACCAAAUAUGUCAAUUGGGCAUCCUGUUCAUGGAUGAGCUUGCUGAACAAGCCUGCAAAUUGGAUGAAUCCUGAUCACCAACAUGGAAGUUGACAGAACUGGUGAAGAUCAUUUGAAAGUCCGCAAAAUGAAGAAGAAGAUAAUGAGGAAGCAGCUCAGAGCUCAGCAUACAUUGAUGAGACAUGAGGGCAUUGAGUGUGUCUCCCAUGCCACACAGAGCCUAGUUAUUGCCAACGCUGGCCUAGGUAAUGGGAUGAAUAGAAAACAACUUCUCAAGACAGUAGAAGAGUACGGAUUGGUGGAAGCACUUCUAAUGCCACCGAAUAAACCAUAUUCCUUUGUGAAAUAUGGGUCAACAGAAGAAGCCAAGAAAGCCUUUGAUGCCCUCAAUGGAAAAGAAUUAAUGCUGGGAGACUCUGGCCAAAAUGUUGUACUGUAUAGUAAUUUCGUGGAAAAAGUUUUCUGGAAGAAUGCUGUUCCUACAAACUUGCCUCCAGGCCUCACAGUCAUUGAAAAGGUAGUUUCUCCAGAAGAAGAAAGGAGAAUGUUGGAAAGUAUUGACUGGAUAGGAGAUGAAGAUGCUCAAAAUGCCCAGAAGACUUUAAAGCAUAGAAAAGUAAAACAUUUUGGAUAUGAAUUUCGCUAUGAUAACAACAACGUUGAUAAAGACAAACCUUUACCUGGAGGUCUUCCUGAAAUUUGUAGCUUGUUCUUGGAGAAGUGCUUGAAGCAGGGAUAUAUCAAACAUAAACCUGAUCAACUGACUGUAAAUCAGUAUGAACCUGGACAAGGAAUUCCUCCUCAUAUUGAUACACAUUCUGCUUUUGAGGAUGAAAUAAUCUCUCUCAGUUUAGGAGCUGAGAUUGUGAUGGAUUUCAAACACCCUGAUGGCCACACAGUGGCAGUUUUGCUGCCCCGAUGCAGUUUAUUGGUGAUGUCUGGAGAAUCUAGAUACCUGUGGACACAUGGGAUUACACCCAGAAAAUAUGAUAUCAUUCAAGCUUCUGAGCUGGGACAGAAAGUUGGAACGAUCACUGCUGAUGUUGGAGAUUUAACACUAAAUCAAAGGAAAACAAGGACAUCGUUUACGUUCAGGAAAGUGAGGAGAAGCCCUUGCAACUGCAUUUACCCAUCUGUCUGUGACAGCCAGAAAGGACAGCAAAGACAGGUACAACCAUCGUUUCCCCACAAUGAGAUGGAAGCCUCAGAGCUGGAGCAGGAAUAUGUCCACAAGGUGUACGAAGAGAUUGCCACACACUUCAGCAGUACCAGGCAUAGCCCGUGGCCCCGAAUUGUGGAGUUUCUCAGGUCGCUACCAGAAGGGUCAAUAGUUGCUGAUGUUGGUUGUGGAAAUGGGAAAUAUCUGGGCAUCAACAAGGAUCUGUACAUGAUUGGCUGCGAUCGCAGCAAAAACCUUGUGGAUAUUUGUGGAGAAAAAAAUUUCCAGGCUUUUGUCGGCGAUGCCCUGUCAGUGCCAAUGCGAAGUGGUUCCUGUGACGCCUGCAUCUCUAUCGCCGUCAUUCACCAUUUCUCAACAGCCGAAAGGAGGCUGGCAGCUCUCCGUGAACUAGCCCGGCUUCUGAGACCUGGGGGAACAGCACUCAUUUAUGUCUGGGCAAUGGAACAAGAAUACAAGAACCAGAAGUCUAAAUACCUUAAGGAAAAGCACGGCAAUAAAGACAAGGAGGAGGAAAUCAGUUCUGGCAUGGCCCAGAGACUGCCUGGUGAUCAGAUGCCUGAGAGCAGCAGCCAAGACUCAGCGUGUACUGACCAACUCCUCGACAACUCCAAGGACAAAGGCUGUGGUGCAAAGCCAGUGGCGGACUGCAGACUGCCUGUUCACACCAACCGAACCUCCUUUCACUCUCAGGAUUUGCUGGUUCCCUGGCACCUGAAAGGUGGCACUAAAAAGAGAGGGGAAAGUGUUGAGACUGUGUUGUUUCCAGCUGGCUCUAAGGAAUCGCAAGGACCCAGCCCUGUUUUCCACCGCUAUUACCACGUCUUCUGUGAAGGAGAGCUGGAAGCAGCGUGCAGAUCCCUGGAUGGUGUGAGGGUUCAGAAGAGUUAUUAUGAUCAGGGAAACUGGUGUGUGGUUCUAGAAAAGUUGUAGUCCUUGGUAUUUCCUCCGUUACCUGUUUUUUUCUGGAAGUACUUUUAAUGCAGGCUAUAGCUAUUACCUCUUUUAAAAUAACAGAAUAAAAGGUUGUUUACUGAAUUAGUAACUA